CAUUUGCAUUUCCCCCCGGCCGGGCUCUUCUCCCGCAAUAAAUCCCCCCGCUCUCCUCUCCUCUUCUUCCUCCUCUGUCCCCCGAAACACGCAGACUGCGCCUCUCUUCUCCUCGAACCCCAGCCCAUUGCCAUCGCCCUGGUUUUUCAGACAAACUGACAAUGGGUGUCGAGAAGGAGGAAGGGUCAUUGUCGCCGCCGCGCAAAUCGCUGUUUCGUUACAACUCCCCGCUGACCCAGGUGAGCCUCAUCGGUCUCGUGUGCUUCUGCUGCCCCGGCAUGUUCAACGCCCUCUCCGGCAUGGGCGGCGGCGGCCAGGUCGACCCCACCGCUGCCAACAACGCCAACACCGCCCUCUACACCACCUUCGCCCUCUUCGGCGUCCUCGGCGGUGGAAUCUACAACCUCCUCGGCCCCCGCCUCACCCUCGCCGCCGGCUGCUCCACCUACGUCCUCUACGCGGGCUCUUUCCUCUACUACAACCACUACCACCACCAAGCCUUCGCCAUCGUUGCUGGAGCCAUCCUCGGAGUCGGCGCCGGGCUCCUCUGGGCCGGUGAAGGGGCCAUCAUGACCGCCUACCCUCCCGCCAACCGAAAGGGUACCUACAUCUCCAUCUUCUGGAGCAUCUUCAACACGGGCGGUGUCAUCGGAGGUCUCAUCCCCUUCAUUCUCAACUACAAAAGCCAGGCGGCAUCCGUCAAUGAUGCCACCUACAUCGGCUUCAUGUGCUUCAUGACAGCCGGCACUCUGCUCUCUCUCGCCAUCCUCCCACCAAGGAAGGUGAUUCGGGAUGAUGGAACCCGCUGCACCAACAUGAAGUACUCGAACAUCUCGACUGAGGCGACUGAGAUCCUCAAGCUGUUCCUCAACUGGAAGAUGCUGCUUAUCGCCCCUGCUGCCUGGGCAAGCAACUUCUUCUAUAGCUACCAGUUCAACAACGUCAACGGUGUCCUCUUCAACAUCAGGACCAGAGGGUUCAACAAUGUCUUCUACUGGGGGGCACAGAUGCUGGGAUCAGUUGGGAUUGGGUACAUAUUGGACUUCAGCUUCUCAAGUCGGAGGAUGAGGGGAUUUGUUGGGAUCAUAGUGGUGGGUCUUCUGGGGACUGCCAUCUGGGGAGGCGGGUUAGCCAAUCAGGUGAAGUACUCCCGCGAUGAUGUGCUCGAUAAGUUGGAUUUUAAGAGCUCGGGGUCUGGUUUUGCUGGUCCUUUCGUGCUCUACUUCAGUUAUGGGCUGUUAGAUGCUAUGUUCCAGAGCAUGGUUUACUGGGUAAUCGGGGCACUGGCAGAUGAUUCUGAGACCCUCAGCAGAUACAGUGGGUUCUAUAAGGGAGUUCAGAGUGCAGGAGCGGCAGUCGCCUGGCAAGUGGAUACCCAUAAAGUCUCGUUCUUGAAUCAGCUCAUCAUCAAUUGGUCUCUCACGACAGUGAGCUAUCCUCUUCUACUAGUUCUCGUGAUGUUGGCUGUGAAGGAUGAGGAGGAACCCGCGAAGGAAGCCGCUCUUACUUCGACUGGUCCGGUUUAUACAACUGAUGCUAAAGUCUAGGAAAUAUAACCUGUUCAGAAUCUUUCUUUUUCAUGCUUAUCUUCUCUCUUGCCCUUCUGGAGGUGAAUGGUCCAUCCCGGAAGCUAGCAGGCUCUUGAAAUAUGAAAUUCUCCUUGUGUAAAUGAUACAUUCAACAGUGUAUCAAAGUUGGAAUCAGAAAAGUUUGUGUUCUCAUCGGAA